AUGAGAGAGAAGGGUGGCAAGGGAGAGAAGGGCAAGGGAGAAGAGGGUGGCAAGGGAACUGGCCAGGGAGAGAAGGGGAAGGGAGAGAAGGGAGAAGAGGGUGGCAAGGGAACUGGCCAGGGAGAGAAGGGCGAGGGAGAGAAGGGAGAAGAGGCUGGCAAGGGAAGUGGUGAACAGGUUGGCAAGGGUGGCAAGGGUGGCAAGGCAGAAAAGGCCACUGGCUGGGGUGGCAAGAAGGGAGGAGGUCAACCAGGAAGUGGAGCUGCAAGCCCAGCAGCCUCAAGUGUUAAGGGUGGUGGUGGGUUCUCAAAGGAAACUCAGCCCAAGCCCUACAACCAGAGCCAGGGUGGUGUCCACAGCAAUGCCUUCAGAGAGAGGAUGAGGACCCUACACUAUGAGGUGGCACCAGAAGUUCCCUUCAAUGUCUUCCAGGAGCACUUCGCAGAGGUCACUGCAAAAGUGCGAGAGGAGGAGGACAAGUUUGACAAGGAAAUGGAGGUGAAUGAGCCUGCCCCCAGCUCUGGCCACAAGAGGAGCAAGAAUGGAGAAGAGAAAAAUGAAGAAGAGAAGAAAAAGGAGGCUCCAGAGCCAGAGAAAAAGGAAGAAGAGAAGCAGCCUGCAGAAGAGCAGAAGACUGGGCUGCAGAGGAUGCAUGGCCCCAAACUGCAAGGGAAACAGGAAGGCUAUGAGCAGCUGCUCUGGAAGAAGUUUGAGAAGAGCAGGCUGCUGGAAGGGCAGGAUGGUAGCUACAAGGAGCUCACCAAAGGCAUGGGGUCCCAGGACAAGAAGCACAAACUGCUGAGGAAUUUCAUCUUGGAUGGAGGAACCCUGGCCAAGAACUACAAGACUGCUGUGUUGAGCAUGGAGAAAAGGGAAGAGAAAGGCUUGAACCCAAAGAAGCUGCAUAUGGUCAGUGGUGGGUUGAAAGCCAUGCCUGUGAAGAGGAGGCAUGCUGAGGAUGCACUAGAGAGUGUGGAGCUGAAGACACCCUUGGCAGUGUUACUCCUCAACAAAUUUGCUUGGGGGAAGCUGUCAGCAACAGAGGUUCAGGAAUACGCCGAUACUGCGUUGAAGUCUGGAGCCAAGGGUUUCGACCUUGAAUGCCUGGCCAAGAUUGGGGCACAUGGCCAAAGCAAAAACAAUUGCGCCAGGGACCUGGAGAGAGAAUUCUUCAAGGACUUGGUCACACCAGCCAGGGUGGAGGUAGAGUGCAACUUGAAGGUGAAGACAGUGGAUGGGGUGCAGGAGCAGAAGAACAACAUUCCAGUGAUUUUGCCAGAAGCCUGGCAAGACAAGUUGGAAGCUAACAGCCUUCUUUCACAGUUCACCUGUGGGGAGCAAGCUUUGAAAGAAUUUUGGAAGGAGGAGACUGCUAGCCUGCUCCAUGGAGAUGGAGCACCCUUCAGUGAGGUUGAUUCAUUGAUGUGCUUGUCGAUGAGGUGUGCUAUCUCAGGGGUGGCCAUCAAGCUGUCACAGCUUGCGCUGGCUUGCUUGCCCAAGACUGCAGCAACUGAUGGAUCCAUGAAGCCAUUGUGGACAGCAAUUGCUGAGAGCUUCAGGAGGCUGGCAGAGGAAGGGAGAGGUGUGCUUUUUGUCUUGGCAGGUGAUUUGGAAUACUUCAGCAGUGAGUUUGGGUGGCCAACUGCCAUGUCCAACCACGCAUGCCCUUACUGCGUGUGUGACAACUUCUUUGAGGCAGAGGCUUCCAAGCACCCAUUCACAGACUUUAGGAAAGAAGCAAGCUGGAAGACAGCACUGAAAAAGGCAGCUGACCCACCACCAUCACCUCACCCGCUUUGGAAGGUGCCUGGGGUCAGCUUCUGGACUAUGAAGUUGGAUUUACUCCACCUGGUGGACCUAGGUGUGGACUGCCACAUCUAUUGGGCAGGAAGAAGGCUCUAG